GUCUUCGGGCGGGGAAGACGAAGACCGAAGAUCCAACAGUUCAGUCGACGAGGAGACGCCGCGUUGCGAGGAUCAACAGGUGCGAGUAAACGCCUGUCGUUUGAGAAGCAUGGGGAACAUUUACGUCUGCAGCCUGCUCGUCACACUCGCUGCGCUGCUCGUUGUAGUGCAAUGUGGCGACAUAAUGCGCAAAAGCAUCGUCUUCGAUAAGAAUACUCCGGAUGUGUUUUAUUGUCCGCAACACAAGCCUAUUGGUUUCGAGAAAAUGCUCGUCAAGGCAAGACCGCUUUCCAGGCUCUGUCAAUUCGAGGGUCGUCCGAUACCCGAGGAUUACAAAAGCGACUGUUACAACGACGUGGACGAGACCGAGUAUGCUUGCAAGGAGAAGUACAGAAUCAUGAUGAGGCUUCAUCCACCGGGAAGUAACACACCUUAUAACGGGACACGUCUAUCCAAGUUCCUGGCCUUCGAUAAAGAUUUACCGUACGCGCGAAAGAAGAAUCAAGUGUAAGAAAGCGGCUGCAUCCAAGGACAUCCAGAGGCCUUGUGUUAAUGUUAAAAAAACGUUCAUACGAUGAACACAUUAGUUAUGUUAUUAAUCUUAUAUGUCGAGAAUGCAACUAAGAAAAAUUCGCCGAGUUCCUGUAAUCCAAUUAAUGAGUACUGCGUCCCAUUUUCGAUUGGGUCGGAUCCGCUGUUGAUUUAUGUUACCAUUUACUCAUAAUACUUGUGUU